GUCUUAUUGGGCCUAGAUUAUACAAUUGUUGAUGUCUGUCUAUGAAAUUACUGUUCAAUGCAUGGUGGAUCUGUGGUUGACUUAUCUUGCCGUUGCAUGAUAUUUUAUGUUCCGUGGUGGUUUUACGCUGUAUAUGUUUUGUGGGUGACAGGGACGGAAAGAAAAUAAACAUUUGAAUAUAUACAAACCUAAUAUAAAAUUUAUAAAAUAAAUACAAACAAAAAAGGAUGCAUUGGAUGGUGGCAGUGUUUAGGAUCCUCCCGCAGUCUACUGAAAAUUGAACGCAAGGGAUAAAAUCGAAAAUAACAAUGAAGCAAAGCUUGCCAUGAUUUUUAUAUCGUUUAUCAGUUAAAAUUUCUGUAUAAUGCAAAGUGUAGAAAAGCUGAUUCUUUGAAAAUGGCUAGCCAAUUUAUGAAUUUACGGAAGGAAUUGGACGAACUGGGCUACAAACAGACUUUGAAAAUAGAAUGCCUUCCAUUGGUGAGCAAACUGCUAUCAGACUUGAAAACUACAACAGAGAAUCUUCAAAAGUACAUGACGAUAUCAAAGAAUGCUUUGGAUGAAAUCAAUAAUUUAGAAUUAUGCGCAGAGCCUUACAAAUGCGAUAAUGCUAAAUUGAUAAAAGAAUGCAAUGACCUGCAUUUGGCUUUUAUCCAUUUCAAAGAGCAACAUGAAAAAGUGCAAAGAGAUCUGAGAAUGCAAAAUGCUAUAUUAGAAGAUCGUGUUGCAGAGUGUGAAACUGAAAAAGAAAACUUGAGGCAACAGAUUAAAAAGUUAAAGGCAGAUUUUAAGUCAAAUUUGAAAAAUUUUAAUAGGAUUCCAAAGUCAUCACUAGGGAAAUCGACUAAGGAAUUUAUGAUAGAAAGUACAAUGUCAUGUGCUGAUGAAAGGAUUUCUACGCUUCAGAAAGAAAUGAGGAAACUCAAGGAGAAUCAAAUUGAAAUGGCCAAAAACAAUGAGUUCUUGAAAUCGCAGUUGGACAAUCGAAAUCAAGAGAUACAAAGGCUGUCAACUUUAUUGGAAGGUGGCAGGCCGCAAAAACCUCUGGCUAAAGAUUGCUGUUAUAAAAAUAUAGAUAAUAAAAUAGGGGCUCUACAAGAUGAAAUUCGUGCAUUGAAAGCUGAAAAAUCCGUGCUAGAUGCUCAGCUAAAAGAAGCUUUAGCAAAACAGCAUGAAGCAAUGAGGAGAGCUCUCCAUCUUGCUGAAAGAAAUAAGCGACUAGAGAAGGAGAUGAAGGAUAUCGAUCAGAUUGCAUUGCAAGUUGAGGCCGAGUGUAACAAUACUGUCAGAAAUAAUUCUGAAAAAGUCCACAGGUUGCAAGAUAAGCUGAACGAGUCUAUGAUGAAAACAGAGUCCUUAGAGAGGGACGUUGCCAAGUUAAAACAAGAAAAAAUGAGCCUUCAAGCUGACUUGGAUGCUUUAAAAUUAGAAAAGAGACAUUUACAGACCGCCUUGGAAUCUGAAACUGAAGAUAAAAAGAGGCUUACAGAUCGUAUUAACAAUCUCACAAUAAUAGAGCAUGACUUAAAUAUGGAGAUAGAUAGGUUGGUGAGACUGACGGGUGAGCAGAAAUUGAAAAUAGCCGAAUUGGAAGUCUCUAAGAAGCAUACGAGGGGUGUAGAGACAGAGGAUAGGGCGGACAGAUCGCCGAAUAGAACAAAAAAAUCGGGACCAUCGAAAAAAUCUACAAAGAAAUCUACUUUGAAAGAGGUGUCUAAGACGGAAGCCGGGCAUUCUAAAGUCACAAAAUGUUGCUGUGAAGCCGGUGGAUGUGUUAAACGGAUGAUUGAAUUGUUGAACAAAGAAAUGGAAUAUCGACAAGAACAAGCAAGUCAGCAAAUGGAGAGUCUGAAACAAGAAAAAGAAUACUAUAUGAAGGAAUACCAUAAAAUUGCUGAUGAGCUCAGAAGUGGACCUGACAUAGAGACUUACAAUAGAAUUCAACGACAGUACGAUGAACUCCUUAAGAAGAUCGAAGAGAGAAACCAAACAAUAGUAGAUCUUCAGAAAGAAAUUAAAUUAUUAACCGGCAACAAAUACGGUUCUUCUCGGAGAGAUGAAUUUGAAAAUGGAGAUACCUGUCAAAAGACGUGCUGUAAGAGAAAACAACGAGAAUUGGAGCUACAUCGUGAUGAAGUAAAACAGUUGCAAAGAGAGAAUGAUUCGUUGAAAAAUAGGAUACAGGAGCUGAAUCAAUCUACGAUUUUCGACCAAGAACGGAUGAAAAAGGCUUUUCAAGAUAUGGAAGAACACAUUCGCAAGCUGGAGGAUGAAAGAAGGGAUUUGGUCGUGAAUCAACUAACCAGUAGGACCAACUUGACUCAUCUCGAGGAGGAAUGUAACACAUUGAGGGAUAAACUCAGAGCUACACAGAACGAACUGAAUAGUCAGAAGGCAAGCUACGACCAAUUAAAGAAUCUUCAUGAGCAAGCAAACUUUGCUCUCUCAGAAUCUAGAAACCAGUUAGCCGGUACUGAAAGAGAGCUACAAGCAAUACAGUCGAAAAUCAGCAACAGCCACAGAGAGACUGCUGGGCAGGAGAGGGAAGUCACUCGUUUACAAAAUGACAUUGAGGUUAUGAAGAAACACUUGACAAAAUUGGAUAAAGAAAAAGACGAUUUAUUGAACGUUCUGGACGAGAAGACUGAAAAAAUUGACAGUCUCGAGGAACAGCUGAGAGAAAAGAAAAAUGUGAUUAGCACGUUGGAAAGUGAGAUGAAGGAUUUGAAACGAAAAUUAAGUAAAUUCUCAGAAGAAAAUGAUGGAUGUCAGCUUGAGCUAAAAGGUGCGAAACAAGAACUAAAUGCUUUGCAAAAAGACUAUGACAGCGUGGUUCGCACUAGAGAUGCGGCUUUGCAAGAAAAUAGGCGUUUACAAGAUGACCUAGCUAGCGUUGCAGCGGAUUGUAAAGAUGCUAGGCGAGAAUUGGAAAUAUCCAAAAGACAAAUCGAGGAUGUGAAAAGACAACUGCAACAUUACGUCGCCGAGGUGAAAAGAUUCGAGGAUCAGAUUUCGCAGAAGGAGCUGGAACGCGCCGAAAUUUUGGACCAAUUCAAGAGCCUAUCAGCGGAAGCGGUCAGUUUAGAAACAACAAACCACACUCUUGAAAACGAGGCUGCGCAGUCCAAAGUUCAACUGUCUGUAGCUUUGGACCAUGCGUCGGAUUUGGAGAGGAAGCUCGAAAAUAAAGAUGCUAUCAUUCGUAGCUACGAGAAGCAAAUUGCUGAUUUGUCGAGUCAGGUGGCUACGUUAGAAAUUCAGUUAAAACAGAGAAACGCGCAAUACGAAAAAAUGGAGGAUGAGUUGAGACAAAUGAAAGAUUUGUGCGUUCAAUUAGAUCGUGAAAAAGACGAGUUAAGAAGAGAAUUUCAGAAUAGAGAGGAUCGCACUGGAAUGACUCAGCGCAAUAUUGAGAUGUUAUCCAGAGAAAACGACGAUUUGAAAAGAUCUGUUGCGAAAGACAGAAACAACGUCGAAGGUUUGGAAAAACUCCUGAACGACGCCAGACAAGAGGUGAUUGAACAGAAACUGAUCAAUCAAGAUCUCCAAAGUGAACUGACUCGGAUGAAAACGAGGCUAGAAGAAGUGCAAGAGAGGCUAAACAUUACUUCCGAACAGUUAGACUUGUAUCAGGAAAAGGCGUUAGAAUAUAGCCAACAAAACAAGCAGCUGCGUAGAGAAAUUGCAAAUGAGCGCUUUUUUAGGUCCAGAGAAGAAGACAAUAAGAGAUAUCCAUCUCUAUAAUCAAAUUUGAAUGUGUGACUGAUUUUUUUAUUGAUUUUAAUAUUGAUUAACAUAUUCCACCAUGAGAUGCCCAAAUGCCUGUGAGAAAAUAAGCAUGCUUACAACUAUAUAUGUACGUGUUGACCACCGUCUUUAGGCGCCACCUGUCAAGUUUUGUUUUUCGUUAUUGAGAAAUUCUGAGGAUGCGAACUCAUUGUGCAGUUCUUAUUAGUUUUCUUUAAACGGAAAUUAAUCUGUUUUUGGUGUGUUAUUGAUGGAUUUCGUUGUUUGUUGGCUGGCGAUCAGCUAAAUACACAUAUGUAUAAUAUAUAGUAAAGAUGAGCAUUGCAUGUUGACGUCCAAAUAUAGCAUACGGUUGGGCUUCUUGGAGAAUUUGUUAAUCAAUGAUUUUACCUUUUGACGUAGCCUUUUUUACCGAAGUGUGCAAAUAUAUACAUUGAAACAUUCUCAAUUUAUUUCAGAAAUCUUGCCAAUAUACCCCAACCUACCCAAAGUAUCCUUACCCGAGAGUCCUUAGCUGCAGAAUUAGCUGACGAACACCAACUUCCUAAAACAACAAGAACUUUAUCCUCUCAAAGAAACGUAAAACAUCCACAAAUUGUGACGCCUCAAACUGACCAAACGCACCCAAGAGAUAGAUCAAGCAUUCUGAUCUCAGAUUUUGUACAGGUGGAAGAGUUUCAAAGUGCUCCUCCUAGCACUCAAACCCUCCAAAUCACCAGCAAACAAGGCGGUAGAACAGAUAUUAGAAAAUCUAAGGAAUCCUUGAUAAAAAGUCCGACUAAUCUGAAGAAAAGACCUUCUAUUUUAAAACAGAUUUUUAAUUCGGCUACGGCUACAGCUCAACCUCGCGAGUCUCAGUAUAUGUCAGCUAGUACUAACACACUUCAGCCGUCAAGUGGACAAGCUGCGCGAUCUGACAUCAUGAACGUGAGGGAUGAAGAUCGGAGACCAAGUUCUGCGACAUUGAGAAAAGGGUCGUCGAAUUUGAAACAGAUUUUCGAAUCGACCAGUACUGAAACUGUAGAUGAAGAUGAUGUGGAAAAUCCAAAGACUCAACCUACAAAAGUUUCUGGGUCUGAAAAUACUCACAUGGCUCAGAAAUUUCACAGAGAUCACAAUUGUUGCAAUUGUGUCAAGUGCGAGUGUUGCCAAUUUUGCAUCGGAAAACCUUUAGAGAAAGAUACUGUUGCUAAGAUGCAUAUUCGGUAUUGUAAGAAAUGUGAAAGCCACAGAAAGGACAAAUUCUCUUCAGAGACUUAUAGGAGUGAGAAUUUUGAUAAAGAUUCUGAUAUCGCAGGAGAGUCAAAAUCAGAAAACGACGUUUACAAAAUCAAUAUAAGCACGACAGGGAAAAACGUUCCGUUCGAGUACUUAAAAAAUGUCCAACCAGCUGUUGUUUCUAAUGCUGAACCGUCAAAUUUUUCAAAGCGUAAAGUGGUGAGUGACGGUGGUGUUAUUGAAAGUUGUGUCCAAAAAGAUGAAUCUGGUGAAAGUUCUACGACAAGGACGUUAAGAAUUGAAGGACCGGACAUGUCUUGUUGCAUUUCCAAUCGUAAAAUAUUCUGUAGCAAGACUAAAUAAAUAUUUAUUAUACUGUGAAA